AAUCAGUCCACCUGUGAUCAGUGAAACAGGGAAAAAGGAAACUGAGAAUAAUCACUGACCCAACAUGGCUGCGAAACACAUUGAACACUACUACAAAUGGCUGAUCAUAUGAGUGACCGCAGCCUCGCAGCAGCAGCACAGCCUGAUCAUCAAACUGUCCCUGGUACAAAAUCCAUGCAAAUGUCACAAGUGUACAAGACGAAACAGCCUCGUGAGAGGGCUUUUGCCGGAUUGUGCAUCGAGGGAGAUCUUGGCGAGCUAAGCUUAAGGAGACAGAAAAAUAGAGAAAUGCUGAUCCUGAGGCUAGAGUGUGUAUUUGCUGUGUGUGUGGGAGAGCGAGCGAAACAGGUCGGCUUUCCCUCAGCAGACUGUGAACCUGCACAGGAGGAAGCAGCCCUCUCCAGACUGAGAUUUUUUUAACUGAAGGUCACAUCGGAGAGAGAAAAAGAGACGCCUUCAUUAAACGUCACUGCAUCUUCACGGAAUCGAGUGAAAGCUCCUGUGAUUGUCUGCAGAGGUCUAGGCUAAAGUCUACUGGGGUCAGGGCCUGUACAGCUCCUGCUGCCAUGACAGUCACCACCGCCUGGGCUUCUCAGUGACACCCUACGACAGGGGAGGAUGGGUGAUGGGCCCGUGAAAUUCAGCGGACUCUCUCCUCCUUAUGCCAUCCUCUCAUGGAGCAUCCUGUCAAACCAAGCCCCUCCUGGAACACUUCUCUCUCUGGCCUCCCCACAUUUCCAGCCUCACUAUAUCCGAAUAUCUCUAACGUGACCCGACCCAUCGCGAGCAUCCAAGGUGGGGUAGAUCUGAACCAGUCCUUGGCACUGUGUGCUAUGCUCAUCAUGGAUGUGCUGGCAGUGGUGGGGAACUUGGCCGUGAUGAUUGUCAUCACCAAAACGCCACAGCUGCACAAAUUUGCCUUCGUGUUCCACCUCUGUCUGGUGGACCUGCUGGCCGCACUGGUGUUGAUGCCUCUGGGGAUGCUGUCAGACCGAAUCUUGGUGGACGAGGGGCUGUGUCGUAGCUACCUCUGCUUGAGUGUGUGUCUGGUGAGUGCUGCCAUCCUCACCAUCUGUGCCAUCAACGUGGAGCGUUAUUACUACAUCGUCCAUCCCAUGCGUCACGAGGUGAAGAUGACGGUGGGGGUGGUGGUGAUAGUAGUGGUAGGAAUCUGGAUUAAAGCCGUUGUCAUGUCAGUGCUGCCUCUCCUUGGAUGGCUGCUCCAGGGGAACCAGGGUCUGGGGACUCCUGUCCUCAUUCCUGGUCAGAGACACUGCUCCCUCCACUGGACAGGAGGCAGGACCACACGCCUGCUUUUCAUGGUCUUCUUUAUAUUUAUUUAUUUUCUGUGCCCCAUGAUGAUCAUUCUGGUGGUCUACUGCAACAUGUUCAAGGUGGCACGAAUAGCAGCCAUGCAGCACGGCCCCCUUCCCACCUGGAUGGACGUGCCGCGACAACGGUCCGAGUCCAUCAGCAGCCACUCCACCAUGGCGGCCAGCCUUGGAGGAACGGGUGCCCGCACCACCCCUCAGAGGACCUUCAGUGGCGGGAAGGCCGCUGUGGUCCUAGUGGCAGUGGGAGGCCAGUUCCUCUGCUGCUGGCUGCCAUAUUUCUCCUUCCAUCUCUACUCGGCUGUGGUGUCUACCUCUCCCGUCUCGCUGGCCCAGCUGGAGGACAUAGUAACGUGGAUUGGCUAUUUCUGCUUCACUUCCAACCCCUUCUUCUACGGCUUCCUGAAUCGGCAGAUUCGCGAGGAGCUGGGCCGCCACCUGGCUUGCCUCUUCAAGCAUGCUGGGCCCAGUGAAGGGGAGCAGCUGCCCAGCCGCGAGGCCUCUAUUGAGGAGAACUUUUUGCAGUUCCUACAGGGCACUGGAUGCAAUCUGGAGCCCUGCAACUCUCACAGCAGAGCCAGCCCAGAGGAGCCAGAGACUGAGGCCCUUCAGGAAUCAGCUGUUCAGCAGAACACGGCAGCUGACUUCCAUAUCCCAGGGCAGAUCCUUGAGGAGACCUCAGAGUUCAUACAGCGGCAACAGCUGAACAAUGAGCUACAUGUAUCAGAGAAGGAGAACUGCUGCAAAACUGUACCAGAGCUGUAGCUGCAUCUCAUGUACUGUCUCGUUUGCCAUCCAAUAAUUCAAGAAAUAUACUUAGUUUUAUCCAUAUUUUCUAAAAUUUUUUUUGAAUGAAUACAUCUUUGUUCAUGCUACAACAGUGCUUUUAAGCUAAAAAUCCAGUGAACUGCAAAACAUUGUAUCUUCUUUAAAGAAUUUAAUUUAUAGCUUAAUUUAAGGUGUAGGUUUUUGGAGAAGGACAGAGCAGAAUAUAUUGUGUGCAUCAUCUCAUUCAUAUCCCAAAUGGUCAUAAAGCUGGAGCAUUACAUGUUUUGAGAGCCAUACAGUGUCAGGCUGUUUUCUUUGUAAGGUCAGCAGAUGGACACUAAACCGUUGUUGUGUUAACCACUGUUCAGUGAAGUGACAAAUAUCUCGUAGACAUAAAGAAGUGCUGAAACUCUGAGAGAGCAAAGCUUCAGUGGGAACACAGUUUUCACAGUUUAUGUGAAACUAUCAGAGCCAUUAAAAGGAAAUUUUAGCAUGAGAGAGAAAAGUGUUGAAGCAAACGUUCAGUGAAAUGUCCACUUUAGUUGUGAUUUUCCUCCUCCAUUGAUUCACUCAAUCACUUCUCAUUAAAAUUCGGGUUCUUCAUCACACGCAAGGCAAUAAUGUACACUAUACAAUUUGUCAUGACACAUCAUCGCCACUUCGUCAAACAUACCGUAAUACUUUCUGCAUUUUCCUCCUGUGGAUUCAGGUUUUUUUUUUAUCUUCCAUUCAACUAAAGUGCUAAGUUUGCCCUCAUUUUCAUGUUUUAAUACUUAGGUAAGCCCCUUGACAAUCACUUCAUCUUGAUACAACAGGUUCUCUUUGACCAAACAGAUGUGUUAUUACUGAUUUAACCUACGAUCUAAUCAUAAAAACCAUCCUGCCGCCCCUCUACUUAGGCCCUAGUUCACCUCCAACUAAGUGUUAUUUUAUAGAACAAUCUGCUGGAAGAAAGAACAUAAGGAAAUGAAGAGGCGGUAUUAGUAAAGGAUGUCAUUAUUGUAGCUAUCGUUGCCAGUUUGUUUAUGAGUUUGUUUGUUAAUAAGGAAAAGAUCUGUUUUCAUCAUUCAUUCAAUCCUAAUACUACCAAGGAUUUAAUGCAAAAAAUAUUGUUGUUUUCCUCAGUAUGAAGGAGUGAAUUCAGAGCCAUUAAAAAAAAAAAAGUCUCUCCAUUUGAAAUAUUCAUUGUGUUGAACAGGAUCGUUUCACAGCUGGUGCUGCUGGUGGUAUUUAUAAUAAACAGGCUGACACACCAGCGUAUUUUUAACCAUUUUCCAGGAACAUUAUUAUCAUGUUUAUCUGUUCUUAGUCUUGUGAUUAUCACCUCCUCACCAAAAUCCUCUCACAUUGCUCGACUCGUGAUUUCACCGCCUUCCACUCAAAGACAAACAUUGUGAAUGGUAUAAUUUGUA